CGGCCCCUGACGGCCUAUUUUCGCUUCCUGAAAGAGAAUCAUUCUGCUUUUAGGCAAAACAAUCCAGAAAUGAGCAAUGUGGAGCUGGUUAGAAAAAUAGCAGGUGCUUGGAAGGAGUUACCAGCAUCACAGAAGCAGGUCUAUGAGGAGGCUAGAAAGACAGACUGGCAAAGAUAUGAAGAGCAGUUGGCAGCGUAUAAAGCUCAGCUAACUCCAGCUCAGGCUGCGGCUUUGAAAGAAGAAAGGAGAAGACGACUGGCAAAAAGAAGAUCGUUCAGGGCAAAAAGAGAAUUGACUGUGCUUGGAAAACCUAAAAGACCUCGCAGUGGCUUUAACAUUUUUGUGUCAGAAAACUUCCAAGAAAGCGAGGGAAUUUCACCCGUGGCAAAGCUGAAGCAAUUAUUUGAUGCAUGGCGAAAGCUGUCCAGUUCUCAAAAGCAGCCAUACCUGCAGCUUGCCGAAGAUGAUAAGGUUCGGUAUGAAAAUGAAAUGAAGUCAUGGGAAGCAAAAAUGGUUGAACUCGGACGUGAAGACCUGAUACGUUCCAGAAGGCAAAGGCCAAAAAACAAAACUGCCGAAACUGCGAAGAAAGCUGAAACAGCCAAAGGUUCCUCACGUGAAAACAAGGCAAAGUUAAAGUUGAAAAAGUCUGAAGAAUAA